AUGGUGCAUCGGAUCAAGGAGGUUUUGUGCAUGCUCUGCAGCGACAAGGCUUGGAUGUGUGCUGGUGAGAACGAUCACAUAGGAAAUGCUGGAGUUGUCAAGAGCUGCCCCCACCGCGACGAGAUCUCGAAGAAACGCGAAGCGCGGCGGAGAGAAGAAUUACUCGCCAUGGAGGAGAGGCAGGCGGCCUCCCGACUGGAGAAAGAAAACUUGCAGGAGGCCAAGCACAGAGCUGAGCAACGUCUGGCUGAGCGACAGCAGUCGGAGCUAGAGAGACUGAGGGGACAGAAUGUCGAUGAGGACAAGAAAGAAGCUGUAGACGAGGAGGAGAUCAAACGUCGAGCUGCAAACUUUGGAGAUGGACAAAAAGAUCCAUACGGAGUCCUCAAGCUUCCGAAGGACUCCCAAAUGACGGAUAUUCGCAAGGCGUUGAGCCUUCAGUUCCAUCCGGACAAGAUUUCCGACGGGAGGCUCAAGGAGGCAGCUCAGAAAGCUUUCAUGGAUGUGGUCGCGGCCUAUGAAAUUCUCGGGGAUCCUGACAAGAGGGCUGCCUUCGACGAUCUCGGGGGACAAGACCAGGCUCAGUUCAACACCUUCUGGGAAUGGGAGAUGUACGGAAAGAAGGGCUCGUCAAAUGACUUCUACAACGGAGAAACCCUCAUCUCGAAAUUGACCGAAAGUCUCUGGCCCAGACGAGUCAUCGGAGAUGCCAUCUGGCUCGUUGAGUUCUAUGCUCCUUGGUGUACAGCCUGCGGUCAUUUCGUGAGCACCUACAAGAACGUUGCCAAGGCCUUGGAGAACGAUGAUAUCGAGGUGGGAGCUGUCAAUUGUGUGAAUGAGAAAGGGAUCUGUGGCGAAUGGUUCAGCAUUGGAUCCUAUCCCUCCCUCAUGUUGAUCGGAUCUGCUGAGAGAGGAACUCAACAGAUAUACUCGCAAUCGCAGUCUAAGGACCCUGACAGCAUCAUCUCGUGGGCUCGUGCGGUGGCCAAGGAGUGGAAGUGGCUCUACUCGCAGACUGACGUGCCAACGUUCAAGACUUCUUCGGACUUCAGGGAUAACGUCCUGGGAUCGCUGGACCUCUGGUUUGUUGUCUUCACAGACGGGGUGUUCUGUGGGCCCUGUCGCACUGCCAUCACCAACUUGCUCAGACUUGGUGCUGGUGUCGCUGGGCUGGCCAAGGCUGCCAUCGUAGACUGUGAGGCAGACGAGAUGCAUGGCCUCUGUUAUGAUGAUAUCAAGCUGCCUCCACCUCCUCACUCCCCUGAGAUCAGAAUCUUCCGCAAGGGACCCAAGGACAACACAACAGCACCAAAUUACUAUGGGGAAUGCCUGUUUGAUGCCCAUGACGUACAGCCUCAUGUCGCUCUCAAGCUGGCGGAACUUGUAGCGAGGAACGCCCUUGCUGACGAGAUGCCGAAAGAGGCUCUGUUUGCUGCUGGGGGGAAGGGUGAAUAUGAAGAUGGGCGGGGGAUGAAGCAAGCAGAGCGCUGGCUGUUUCUCAAUUCCAGCACAGGAUCGAGAGAGAAUUUUGUUGAUCGAGGCUUCUUCAUCAAGAAGGAAACUCUUAACAACUUCUCCAAAUAUCAGAUGUAG